AUGCCGGGGUUUGAAGAUCCUUGUAUUUCAUCAGAGUUGGAUGCAGCAGCUAAAGGAGACGCAUCAACUGCAGCAGCAACUGCAGCAGCAGGAACAGCAGCUGCUGGUUCCACUCCCGUUGGUUAUUGCAACACACGACUCCUAUCUUCAACCUCAACAAGAGAGUCAUCGGGAGAAAUCUUUGAUUAUGUAUAUACUAAAAGAGGCGGAGGAGAGCCUUUAAAGGAUUUCUUAUCAUCAGCAGCAGAAGAGUUUGUGCAUGUAGAGGAGGGCCUUGAAGAAGAGACUGCACGAACUGUACAUACACCUCGGGGCUGCCGUUUGCUGCAUUCGUCUCGGCGUUGUGGGGUCAGCUGCUGCAGCGGAUCGUUUGCAGCAGCAGCAGCAGCAGAUGCUGCUGUUGCGAGCUCUGUUGCUGCAGCGCAGCAAGCAGCGUCGGCGGGGGCAGCAGCAGCAGCAGGCCGAGACAGCAUUCGCUUGCAGGUAUUUGAGAAGCUGCAGCAGCAGCGAGAGCAGCAGGAUAGGGAAGCAGAGCUGGCUCUGGAGCAGCAAGCUGCAAGUUUGAGGCAGCAGCUGCUGUGUCUCCGUCGGCAGCUGAAGGCGCAGCAAGAGGAGUCUCAGCUGCAGCAGGAGCUGCUGCAGCAGCGUGAAGCGGCCUUGCAAGAAGCAGCAUCAGAAGCAGCAAAACUGAGAACACGGGAGCAGCAGCUGCGGCAGGAGAGAGAAGCCCUACGCAGGGCUCAUGCUGACCUGCAGACAGAGGUGCAGCAGCAGCAGCUUUCUGCACGGUCUCAACGUGCAAGUGCUGCCUUAGAGUGGAGCAAGCGGCUUCACAAAGAACGAGAAGCAUUUGCUGCUAAACUCAGCAAGCUGCAGAAAGACAAAGAAGUCUCUGCUUCCUCAGCAAAGAAGCUACAAGAAGAACUGCUGCUGCUCAGACAGCAGCUCCGAGCAGCAUCAGCAGCAGCUCAAGCAGCAACAGCAACACCGCAUACUGCUGCUCCGCAAGCUGCAGUCAAACAAACACUGGUGCUGCAGCAGCUGCAGCAGCAACAGCAGCAGCAAAAUCAAACGGAAAGAUGCCUCUCGCCUCAGUCGGUGACAAGUGAAGAUUCGCUGCUGCAAACCCAUACUACUAGCAGCACCACCUGUAGCAGCAGCAGCAGCAGCAGCAGCCUCCCGCUGCUACCUCUGACAUCCCCACGCCUGCUGCGCAUGCAUUUGUCGCAGCAGCAGCAGCAGCAGCGCCAACUAGCUGAGGCGGCGCCUCUUCCUUCACUUGCUGACGAGCUGCAGGCCCCUGCUGCUCUCUGCAGCAGCAGCAGCAGCUACCUCCCAAGCCAGCCGCAGCAACAGAAGCAGCACCAGCAACAACAGCAACAACCAGAACAGGCUACAGGGGAUUUGGUUGACUUAGAGGCGGGCCUCAACGGCAGCAGCAGCACAGCAGCAGCAGAAGCAGCAGCAGCAGCAGCAGCAGCAGCAACAGCAGCAGCAGCAGACCACUGCUGCACCAAGCAGCUAUCAGCAUUUACGCGGCUGCUCUUCUUUCUUUGCAGCCCUGUUAUGGAGUGCCCCAAGAGAAACAGAGCCAGAAGAGACUCAUUAUAA